GCCGCGGAUUUUCAAAAUGGCGGAUCAUUUGAGUUUGAGGAAACAAUUGUUGGUAACUGUGCACGUUCCCAGAGAUUUUAGCAUCAUCGCAUACAGAUUAAUGGCUUGAUUAACACGAAUGCUUUAUUCCUAGAGAUUUUAUCGAUCAUAGAUCUUCCCUACUGAAAAUGAAAUGCGGUUUUCUUUCCACGUGACUUGAGAGUCAGCGAGAAGGACUUUCCCCUAUUUACUUCCGCUAUGCAACUUUGUAAAUUUCGUUUGCAAAGUUUCGUCGGGUGAAAACGAAGUACUGACUGCAUUAAGAAGGUAGCUACAGCGAGCACCACAACAAUUUACGAACUAGAAAGAUCGUUUAGUUGUUUUGGUAAGUGUUAUGGUAGUUUAAUGCUCCUCUUAAUUGAAAGGAUUGUUAAUCUUCAGUCAAAAUUGACCUGUUGUGAGCUACAGUACCAUCAAAUUCUCACGAUGUUUUAUCUUUGAAGAGUCUUUCAGUUUUCGAGGGAGUUGCCUCGCAUAUAAAGUAAAUGUGAACCAAUGUUAAAUGUGCCACACGUUCCUAAAAAAUUUCCCAUGCAACCAUGUAAUUUAUAUGUUAUGGAGCCAAUUAAGUUAUCCUUCCUAAGCCACCCUGAGCGGAACUUUUACUUAAAGAGUGAAAACGUUAAACAUCGCACACCAUCUGGGGUUUGCUAGGCAAUGCUUUCCCUUUGGCGAAAAUUUUGAGCUUCUAUUUCCCUAGUUAUCAACAGAAAUCGUCAAACAAUGUGUAAGGAAAUUAUUAAGACUUGAAUCAGUUCCAAGAAAGGGAAAUUGUGUGGGUGAUCAAGUGUAAUCCCUUGAUAACCUCUGACUUCACACAGAAGAGCUCUGAGACAUGUUCUCGAAAUGAAAGCUUCCGGAAAAUGUGCAAUUAUCUCUUUAUAGUCCUUGACUAAAGAAGGAAGAGAAAUAAGGUGACAGGUUCAUCUACUGUAAGCUCACAAUUAUGUUGGACAAAAUUCUUUAAAAUUUUCCUCUUCAUAUUUCAUUAAAUUACAUACAUCUAAAACAAAAUUCAUAUCAUCAACCUCAUGCCCAAUCAUUUAAGCAUCAAUAUUUCCUAUUGCUUUUUGUAUACUCAGAUUCUUCAAGAGAUAUGGCUGAAACUAAAUUAGCCCUUUUGAUUGGACCAAGUUAUUCAGAAGAUUUGCCAUUCUUUGAUGUCCCCUUGCAAGGUGUAGCAAAUGAUCUGCAGUUGAUGAAAGACAUGCUCUGUGAGAAUGGAUUCCAACCAGAAAACAUUAAGGUCUGUAGAAAGUCUCUAUAUUUUUGAAGUCUGGCACUGCGUAUCUUAAAUUUAUCACAGACUACCAUUGAAUGUAUACAGUGUCCUAAGCCUAUAGGGCCAAUGUUCCAAAGUCUCCAUUUGGAAACCAAAAAUCUGAUUUUCAGUUUCAUCAUUCAGUGGCCAGCAACUGUUUUUGAAGACUCAUGUGACAUUUUAAGAUUUAAAAAGGGGAAACAAGAAAGUACUAAUAUAUAAAGGGCUACUUAUAUGGAUCUAAUGUAGUAGUUUAUAGCGUUUUUCAUCAUGCAAGAUUUGGAUGCAAACAUAGCUGGGCAAGCUUUAAAUACAUCAACAAAUCAAAUGUGGUGGCUUGAUACGAUCACCUAAUUGUUAUCUAAAAAGUUGUGUUAAAACAUUAUAAACAAUAGAUUUUUUAAAUUUAAAUUGCAGCAUGGAGUACUGCAGACACUGGCAUUUUGAGAUUUCAAAGAAUGAUCUAGUGUAUCAAAAAUCCUAUCAAAAUAUGCUCAAAACUCAACAUCUCAACACUGCUGUUUUAAACUUAACUUGAUAACCUGGCCACUUACCUUAUCAUUAUAUAUCAAAACCUUUCUAUGCUUACAUUUAAGGUCCUUGAAGGCCUGCUGGCAUCACGGGCAAGCAUCCUAGCUUCUUUAGAAGAAUUGUCUGUAAGGGCACAAAAAGGUUCAGUGGUUGUUGUUUAUUAUUCUGGCCAUGGCCAUAGCUUUGAUCCUAAACAAGCUGGCUAUUUUGGUGAAGGCUUGAUUCCUGGGAACUUAACAAGAGAAAUGGUAAAUAAUAAACACAUGUAGUUCCCAUUUCUUAGCGUAACUAAAUUUAAAUACCGUGACCAUUAGAUAAAAACCAUUUGACAUCUUGGCACAGAGAUGGAAAGAAGGUGUAUGUAACAAACUGAUCAUUGGCCUUAUCUAUCAAAUCAAAACUCUGGUAAGUUAGGGAGUAUUUCAGUAAGUAUAAAUUUGCAAUGAAAGAGGUGCUUUUCAAGUUUUCUCCCUGGCCAACACCUUUAUGGGCCACGUCACUCUGAUGUGUAUAAGUGUAGCCCCUUUAUUUUUAACAUAAGAUUGUAAUAAGUCUCAACUAAGUCAACCUUUUAUGUUUUUAAUUUUUUUUGCAGGUUGAUGAAUACCAUAUCCUUGAUACUUGUAUAACAGGUGAACAUUUCAGUCCUCACCUGUCCAAGUUGAUUAACAAGGGGGCACUUGUCAAUGUUAUCUUUGAUUGCUGUUUUUCUGGCCAUAUGUACAGAGGUAAUUCAGAGGUGAAAAACACCUACACAGGCAUAAAACAGGUAAACCACUGACCGUGGGGCAAUACUGUAGCUCAAAAGUUUUUCUUGAUUUGAAAACGUGCAAAGCAGAUAAACUUCUAAAUGUAUUUUAUACUGUAGAUUAAAUCAGAUGAUGUGAAUGAACUUACAUUUGUUGCAUUUGUUCUGAACCAGUUUCAAAUACUUUGGAUCUAAAAGUAAAUUUUAGUGUCAAAACUGGUUUUCAGAAAACCUCAACCAUUGAUCAUUUUAGAAAGUCCAGUUAAAGAAGAAUUGUUUGUCCAAAAGCCAUAUAUUUUUUAUUUCUGCUGUAAAGAAGUAUGAAUCAUUGUGUUUCUGGGAAAGCUCAGUCCACUUAAGUCACACAAUGCAUGUUUCCACCAAGGCAAAUAAAUAAGCAUUGCAACAGAAAAGCUUUUUGGGAAAUAACAUUGAAGUUCUAGGCCAAGCCUCUGUUGCUUUGAAAAUUGGUGUAUGUUCCCCUACAAAAGUAUUUUACAGUGUAAAUAAUAAUGUUGAACUUUGAGUUUAGUCCUUACUCAAAAUUCAACAUUAUUAUUAGCAGUAACACUGAAGGAAAACAAUUAGUAAAGCUUGAUUACAGUUUUGGAAAAUGUUAUGAAUUUUGGCAAAAUUUCCUGUGAUGGACCACAUCUGUUGCAUAUCCUUCCCAGGAUUAAUGUCAAUACCUGAACCCUUUCACUCCCAGAUCUCAUAAGUAAUUCUCCUUACUGUCUGUCAACCAAGUUUUAUAAUGUUAGUUUGGAGAAUUUUGCAUUGGAUCAACUAUUAAUCCCCUAAUUGACAUUUUACUUCAUUAUCAUCACUUGCCUGCUUGAUAUUGUAUUGAUAGUGUAAGGAGAAAUUCUGUCUUGGUCACUUACAGGAGUUAAGGGGAAAAGUUGCUUCAUGCAACAUAAGAUGUGAGUUGCAGCAGUUACAUAAUAGACUUGUGAUUAAACCUACAAGCAGACUUAAAUGCAGACACUAAUUGCAAGUGUUUUGAAUGUCUUCUUUGCACAGCUUGCAUUGUCUGAUGAAUACAUCAGUGAGUAUCAAAAGGUUCUAAAAGCCAGAGGGUAUCCCACGGAGCAUGAAGAAGAGCACUUUCCAGUUCAGGAAACACAACUGAGUUCAACAGUUACUCAGGUAGAUUUUUUAAAAAUAUUAUUUUAUUUUUCUUUUCAUGUACAUGAUUAUGUAACAGCUUCUCCAUGACAAGACUUUGAGUAGCUUUUUUGAUUCUUCGAUGGUUGUUGUCAGCAUAAUGAAACAGGUUAUACUUAAGUAGGUGGUGGUCACCACUGUUGAAUAACAUUCAAUUCAUUAGGUUGAUAUUUUCUUCACAAGAAAUGUUCCUACAUCCUGCUACAUACUCUUUGCACCCACUGUGAACUACACAAAUGCUUCGAUGUGAAAAAUUUAGGAAAAUACUCUUUUCUUGUUCUUCUAUCUUUCCUCUUCAAUCAAUUGAUCAAUCAAUCAAUCAAUCAACCAAUCUGUCAAUCAGGGUAGUAUCAUCACCUGAGUUAAUAGCGUAAUUUGGCCAACUUAAAGAGUUUCGAAACUGACAUUGCAAGGGUUGGCCCCUCAUCAUUUGCUCUGACAAUCAGCUUAGAAACUCUUUACAAUGCCCAAUUUGCAUUUCUUUAUCAACUCAGUUGACAAUACAUAGUUACCCUGUUAUGCUCUCCAUGGCAGCACCAGUUUCUCUAGAACCUUACCUCUUGAGGCAGUCAAUCAGUUAGUCAUGCCAUCUGUCACUCUUUCAAUCAAUUUCUCACCAAUAAGUCAAUCAUUUCACUGAUGAUAACUGUUCAUUUACUUUAUAUUCAAGACAUACCAAAGAAAUACCAUCUACUAGUAGGUUGUGAUAUUGCGAAGAUGUUCACUUUGUGAUUAUUGUUCACAUAGCAUCAGAUGCAUCUUUCUCCAUUUCAGGAGACACAGCCAGCCAAUCCAGCAAGUGCACCUGUGGCUCUACCCUACCCAGUCAGUGAGUUUUGGACUCCAGCUUUAAAGUCAGAAGGAUGGUCACCACAUGAGAAUGACAAUUUCAUUUUCAUGGGAGCCUGUGCAACAAAUGAAAAAGCCUAUGAGUUUAUGGAUCAUGAACUUGGUGAAAUCCAUGGAAUGUUUACUUCUGCACUGGUAGCAGUUAUCAAAGAGUCUCCACCAGGACAAAGACUCUCCUACAAUAUGCUCAAAAGGUGUUAGGGUAAUUCUCCUAAUAACAUCAAAGCUGUUGUGCAACUAACCCUUUGAAACUACACUCCCUCUUACACUGUGAAAUAACAGUUUUAAGUAUCCAACAGGCAACCACAAUUAACCCCUGAUAGCCUUGUUGUUUUCUUUUAUCCCUUUAACCCCUAAGAUUGACUAACAUCUAAUUUCUACUCAUAACAUCAGCCCUGAAUCAAGCAUUAAGGUCAUGAGAAUAAAGGAGAUGAUCACCAACCUAAGAAGCUCUUGAUUGUUGAACAAAUUCUCCUUGUUAGAACACUAGGAAGUGUCUAGGGAGGCUUGUAUGGCGAAUAUGCAUACUGAUGUUAGGGAGUAGAGGGUCAAGGAAGUCAUUCACCUCUUUCAUGGGUGCAUAGCUACAACUACAGGAACUAUGUUUAAAUUUACUUUGUUUGUCAUGAUUAGUAAUUAUUUUGAUUUUUAUGAUAGUCUUGUAAGACAAAGGAUGGCUGACAGGAAGCAACGUCAGACUCCGCAAUUUGAGGGGGGAAACAUGAAUUUGAUUCUGUUCAGCUUUGACAAAGGUGACUUACUUGUUAAUUUAACACUAUGGUGUUUACAAAAUAAUUAGGUUGGACAGGUAUUUUUGAAGGCUCAGAGGGCCUUUUGUUUAUAAAGGGAGGUCUGCACCUAGCUCCCUGUAUAAUUUUGAAGUCCUAGACUCUUUCAGUUGCAUUUUAAUGCAUUUUGAGGUCUAUUCUGAUCCAUCUUCCUUUUUUGUUCCUGGAUGUCAUCAGUUUCAUCAAAUUUGAAGAGAAUCACAUACGUGUGAGAAGUGGAAUGAUGUUUGUCUGAAGGCAGUGAGUGGGUAGCCAGCUCAUUCUACCUGUUAAAUUAAAUGGCUGCCUUUGAAGUUCUUGUUGCAUUAAAUUAUUUUUCAACUGUUACAUCAAAAUCUUACCUUAUUGGUGUGAGAUUUACAAACCAUCUUAUCAAAUCUUGUCAUUGAAAUCUAUGUGACAAAUUGCCAGGAUUUACAAAAAAAAAAAACCCUAGGGUAAGGUUUGGAAUUCCUGUGGGGUUCUAAUCAUAGCCUUAUCUUUGAGUGCUUAAUUCCUUGAUGUUUCUUUCUGUUAUGACCAUAUAAUUUAUUUUGUUAACUUGUGUCUGCAUGUUAGAGGAAAAACACUUCCAAAAAGGUGAUGUUGUAUAUAUUUGAAUGUUCUCUACAGCACCUCCACCUCCCAUAUCAUUUGAAGUGAAGGAAGUUCAUGACAAGAGAGAGUUUACAUACAGAAUCACACUCAAUGCUGGAUUUCUACAGGGUGUUGUUGAAGGAGUGUAUUACAUUUAUGAUACUAGACUGACAGAUGAAAAUCAAAUGGAGGAUUUCCGCGUGGCAACUGUUAAUGUCAGUCAUGAAAACAUCCAUGCAAUUGAGUCAACUGCUGAAGUGGAAAUUAACUCUAUCUUUCAUGAAUGCAAAGUCAAAGUAAGGCUGUCUUUAGUUUUGGCUCUCAAUCUUUUUUAUAUUAAGUUAAGUGGAGUUUUCUGCCAUUCCCAGCUCUCCGUAUAGUUUUGCAUGCAUGUGAAUAUUUUUUAUCCAUAAGUGUUUUGGAAGGCAGGGGUAAGCUGUCACGUGCUCACCCUUGAACUGCUUGUUUCUCAUUGGAUGAGUGAUUUAUAGAUAUCACAUUCUCAAAAACAUUUUUUAUUAAUAUAUAAAUUAUGUUGCACAAGAGCAGUAUAAUACAGCUUUCAAGGCUUGGACAUUUCCCUCAAGAUUUGUAAUAUAUCAACUGCAGCAAAUGGUUUGAACCAGGGGGUAACAUGUGAUAGUGUUAUCUGAUUGUCCCAGUGGGUGUAGUCCUGACAGGGUCUCAUGUUGAUAGUGGUGACUGUUUCUGACAAGAGUCUUCCAAGUGAGUGAGUGUGACCACACUCACCCACACUCACCCACCCAGAGUGUGACUCACCCAGAUGAUCACAGUACAUUAUCACAAUAUACAAACUGAGUGAGUGUGAGUGUGAGUGUGAGUGUGAGUGUGAGUGUGAGUGUGAGUGUGAGUGUGAGUGUGAGUGUGAGUGUGAGUGUGAGUGUGAGUGUGAGUGUGAGUGUGAGUGUGAGUGUGAGUGUGAGUGUGAGUGUGAGUGUGAGUGUGAGUGUCAUCACACUCACCCAGAUGAUCACAGUACAUUAUCACAAUAUACAAACUGUUCUUCAUUGGAAACAGUUGUUUGUUUGUUUUUUUUCCCACCCUCUUGCAGGUGUAUCCAUUGUUUAGUGUUCAUACCACACAUAGGUUUGACAUUCCUAUUUCAAUUGUCACCAAUGGCUGGGUUAUGUCUGUUUUACCCUACAGCUACACUAUAUAACUUCCUUGUAGCUGGGGAAAUUUAUUAUCCAUAACUUGGAUUAUUUUUUUGAUUAUUUAGCCUUAACUGCAGAAUGUUAUUUGUGUGUUCCUUAAAAUUAUUUUGAUUCAUGGUCAGUGCCUCCUCACAGAUGGUAUUCAAUUUGGUGUAGAUCAUUUGAAGCUUAUUAAAUUGAAUGGAGAAAUACACCUCAAUGCAAAACAUAUCUCCAGUUCUUUUCAUCCUUUAACUCUCAGAUCAAAUUUUAAAUUCUCCUUACUAAUUACCAUACAAUUCCUAUAAUGUUAGUUCAGAGAAUUUAGUAUUGCAUCAAUUAACGUAUUAUCCCCAAAUUGGUAUUUUUCUUUAUUCUCAAUACUUAUCUGGUUGAUAUUGUAUUGAUAUUGUAAGGAGAAAUUCUGUCUUGGUCACUCAUGGGAGUUAAAGGGUUAUAUAAUAAACUGAAUUAUACAUGCAUUUUGGUUGGGUCUUACUCAUGAUCUUUUGGAGAACAGACGUAAGGAUGACAUCACCACUGACAACAUUUGGCUUUUUUUUUUUCACACAAAACAAAUAGAUUGUGUUACAUGUAAGAGCAUCAGUGUCACACUCGACUGCGCGUCGUGUGCCUCUUGUUUUUUUUCUUGCCACAUUUUGACGUUAUCUGUGAUCUUUGAUUGAACAGACCCACGGCAACGUAGCAUCUUUAUGUUUAUUUCACGUGGCUUGAAAAGUUUUUUUUGUUUCUAUUUCAGGUGGGAUACAAAGCUCGCCUGGCCAAGCUAGGAAGUAUGUUCUAUCCCAUUUGCAUCAUUGCUACAGAGCUUGAAGAGAAAUAUAUUUGGGAAUUGAAACUGGCAAUAUUAAUGGACAGCCUGCAGAUGUUCAGCUUAAGAGAACAAGAAACACCCGAAUGUGUCAAGAUGGACGUGGUAACAAUCGAAGAGUAAUUAGCAGCAAAUUUUUUAAUACUUCUACGUUAUUGUUUCAGACCUCUGUUUCAGGCCUCUAACACUAAUUAAAUUAAUUUAUUCGGCAUUUCCCUAUUUGGGAUAUAGACAAAAUGUAAAAGGGAAUGAACUUGUUGUGGCUCAAGCGGUCCCGGACAGGUUUGAGCUGACGCACUAAAGCAUCGGGUUAAAAUGAUUAAAGGUGAACGUACAUGCAAUCGGAACCAAGUGUGCAGAUUUUAUGCUUUUGAUUGAUCCUUUAAGGUGGUGUAAAUUGUUUAAUAGUUUAUUUACGUGUUUGUUUGCGUGUUUGUUCGUUUUUAAUUGUUUGGAUCACUCACGCGCAGGAGUAUAUUAAAAGAGGCAAUUCAGAAGUACUGUGACACUCAUUUUCAUACAGAAGAAUCCGCUCACUUCCGCUCGUGUGGGGUGUGUUCUCCGUAUGUUGGUUUGUUUUCUUUAAGAUAUCGUGUUAUGCAAAUUCUCAAGCCUUUAACUCCCAAGAUCCCUUUAGUAAUUCUCCUUACUGUCUGCCGUACAGUUCUUGUGAUGUUAGUUUUACGAAUUUGGUAUUGGAUCAACUUAUAAUCCCCUAAUUGAUAUUUUUCUUUAUUCUCAUCACUUGUCUGCUUGAUAUUGUAUUGAUAUUGUAAAGAGAAAUUCUGUCUUGGUCACUCAUGGGAGUUUAAAGGGUUGAACACUUCCAUGAGCGAAUCUUAAGUAAGAAAUUUGAUUCUCAGGAGAAAAUGUUGGCGUGCCAUUUACAAAGGAAGGAUGAUUGCACCGGAUCAACGGGUUGAGGAUGGUCACCUCAUGAUAAAAAAUCUUUCCAAGUAUUUUCGUGUCAAGUUUGGGACCCGGCUCAGGGAUCCCGAUCACAACAUACUGAGGAAUGUUAGCCUCAAGCUGUUCAAAGUGGAGAACGUGCCUUCCUACAAGAAAAAUCUGGAUAAGAAGAAGGAGUUGAAAGCUCAGGCUGUUCAAACUGCGGAAGUUUAUGAAGGUAAUGCCGUAUAAAUAGGGUGAGAUGUUAGAAGGGAACAUUUAAGGAAAGGUCAAAACUUUUUUUUUUCAUUAUUCUGAGGAAUAACCGCAACAAAGGCCUCUAUGAUAUACCUAUUGACUCCCCGGCAAGGGGGGGUGGGGGGAAGUUUUUAUCAUGAAAACUUUCCCUUUAUUCCCUCCCUUGUAACUUUAUGGUCAUGAGUAGGAGCAUCUUUUGAUAUUCAAACUUUUUCAGUAGAUUCCCUGGCAGCAAGGGGUAACGUUUCUCACUAUUUUCUGCCUGGUUAUUUCUUUGUUCCAGGGCACCCAGAGGAUUAUGUUCCAAAUUUUGGAGCCCACAAAGUCGAGCUUGCACCCAACUCGGGUUUUCGUAGAAAGUACGAUGUUGUAGAUUCUUCAGGUGACGCGGUUGUGAUUCAGAUCACCAAUAACGAGAAAUUUCCAAUUCACGUUUGUUUGAUUUCCUACCAGUCCGAUGGCUCCAUUGUUGCCUUGUAUCCGGCAGCGAAAAAGGCGAGUUAUUUUUUUAGUUUGUUUUAUAAUUGGGCAUCGUACAUUGCUUUUACCGGAGAAGGGUUUUUUACAUCUUCAAGAGUAACAUUGUUGUCGUUGCCUUAUUCAUCCACCCUGUAGGGUCUCACCUCUGUGCUUAGGCCUGGUGAGUCAGUAACAGAGAUCAGGCGCGUUUUUCUCCAGCCUGAGACAGUCCGUCUCAUGGAAGAGCCCAAUGUUGAAUUAACAAGACCUGACGGAUGUAAUGACAUCAUUAUGUUGUAUGCCACCACUGCCGAGGCUGAUUAUAUGCCUCUGUUCCAGACUUCUAUAGAGCUCAGUCCUUAUUUGAGCACUAGAGGGAUUGACACACCCGACGUAUGUAUUACUUUCCUUAGUAUAAAUUAAGUCCAUUUGUGAAUGUACAAAUUAUUAUUUGAACGUUUUGAGUGGAAAACUCAAACAAAUGAUAAGCCUUCGAUUUGUGAAUGUUCCCCUACAUUUACAAGACUUCCUUAACUGUUCCAUUCAGCUCGAAAUUAGCCAAAACCAAGACUAUUUUCCCUUUCUAUUUAUUUCUUCGAGUAUUCCGUUAAGAUACACUCAUCUUAUGAGGUUGUAGGUGUGACAUGCACCAAUCGAUGUGGGUUUUUUACCAAUCGAAGCCGGUGAAAAUUGACCCAAGGUCAGCGAAAAGUCACGAACCCCUGUUUACUUAAUUACAUAACAUAAGUGUAUCUUCAUGACUUUUUCUGUGUUGUUUAAAACAGGGAUUAGGACUUCACACCGUCGCCAGAUUUCGAGAAGCUUUGGACUCCGAGCCUCGUAGCCGGGACGCUGUAAGCGACGACGUGAGGUGGAUUACUAUAAAGCGAGAGUUUAGGGUGAUAUACCAUCCAGAACAAACCUUUGAGCAAAUCGUCCCUCUCGAGUAUUAAAAGGAGCAAAGCAGGAACUACGAAUGUUGUUCUAUAUUCCUUUUUUGCAUCUGUUCUUUUUUGUGCUGUUGUUUUUAUUUUAAUCUCCUAACAAAGGUUUAUUCCUGACAUUGACUGCAAUUUAACAGAUCUAAAUAUGAACAUUUAAAUUUUAAAGCAUUUAAGAGGGAUACACGACCACUAAUCCUUUCACGCUCUGGUGUAACUCAAGUUUUUGGAAAAAAAAAAAACUUUUUGUGGUUGUCUUUUCUCUAAAGUUUUUCUUUGAGAACAGUGGAGCCUUAGGAAUAAUAUCGUUUUGCCUAAAAGUCGAAAAAAAUCCGCAGAACUGCAUGAGCUAAUUUUGUUGUUAUCAAGAACAUUAGUUUGAUUUUCUCUCUGUUAGAGGAACGGUAAUAAGGGUAAUCCCUUUCGCAACCGUUUUUUGCUCUCGUCACGCAUUGUUUUUCAUUUUCAUUUAAAGAUAGAAAACUGACAUGAUACUUUAAGUUACGGCUUCAUUCUCUAAGAAUAGAAAGGAAUUAAUUUAGGUGCCCCAUUAUUUAUUUUGAUCAUGAUCAUGGUUGAUAUUUGACCCCCUAAGGAAUCCCCCUCAAUGUCAUGUCAAUGUUGCUAAGGACAGGGCGACAAAUUAAAAAUUCUAAGAGUACGGAGAAUUUUGUAAAAGGAAAAGUGACUUAAAACUCUCCUACAAUUCAUAGAAUUCGCUAGGAAAGUUUCAAAACCCAUUGGUUUAAUCUAUACAGCUAAUCUGUGACUACCUACUUCAACUUUAUGUACCCUGUACCAAAGUCUUGUCUAUCCCUACUUACCGCAUUACGGUAUGGGGCUCCACUUAUCCAUCAAACUUGAAACGUGUGGUCCUACUCCAGAAAAAGGUGGUACGAAUUAUAUCAAGAAGUACCUUUAACGCUCAUUCUGAACCUAUAUUUAAGCAGUUGAAAAUGUAUUCAGAUUUGAGAUUCUCUCCAGCUCCAAAAAUCCAUCUGGCUAUUACUUCGACGCAGAUCCAGUUUACUCUCAGUAUGGCGUGUACGCCAACAAGCUGACGAGAGUCAGUGCCAAAGACCGGUACAGAUUCAAUUUUAUCGUAUCUCGCAAGAGGGGCCCUGUGAUUGGCAUCCGAACUCAAGGAAAAGCAGGUGAAAGGUAUGAAAGUAUGAGGAGUAACUGGUUGAAGUUUCAUGAUGGCGGCCGUGGAAGUGUUACGGGAUAUAAGAACCUUUAUACUAGAAACUUCCCAAGCAUGGAGGACACAUUUACAUUAGAAGCAG